AUGGAGAUCUCAGCUCUGCUCAUUGGCCUGAUUCUGUCUCUGAGUUUGUGUGAGCUGAACUCAGCUACCUUGAAACAAAGGGCUGGGCUUACAGAGGAUAGGACUGGUGCUGGGGUCAGCACUGAGGUCUCUUCUGUGAAAUGUAAGCUUCAGGGUACUGCUCGUCUGCCUGCAUUCUCAAUGGAUGGAGACUUUGUUAUUGGGGGAGUUUUCUCUAUACACCACUACAAACAAACAGCGGAGAAUAACUACACCACCAUGCCUGCACCACUGAAGUGCACAGGGAGAAUCGACCACCGUGAACUGCGCUUUUCACGUGCAAUGAUCUUUGCCAUCGAGGAGAUUAACAACAGGUCAGAGCUGCUGCCAGGCAUUAAACUUGGUUAUCAGAUCCACGACUCGUGCACUGCAGUGCCCGAGGCGGUGCAAGCGGCAUUCCAGCUAUUAAAUGGUCUCGACCCGGAGUUUUACACAGGUGAAAGUUGCUCACGGUCAGGUAUGGUGAUGGCUAUCAUCGGUGAGUCCAGCUCCACUCCAUCCAUCAGCAUGUCACGCUUCAUCGGGGCCUUUGACAUUCCUCAACAGCAGUUCCCGAGUUUCUUCAGAACAAUCCCGAGUGAUCAGUUCCAGGCUGAAGCAUUGGCCAAGCUGGUAAAACACUUUGGCUGGACUUGGAUAGGUGCUGUCCGCUCGGAUUCAGACUAUGGCAAUAACGGCAUGGCGACUUUCCUGCAAGCAGCCCAGAAGGAGGGGAUCUGUGUGGAAUACUCUGAAUCUUUCUAUCGGACCCACCCACGCAGCAGGAUCCAGAGAGUAGCAGACGUCAUCCGCAGGUCAACAGCAGUGGUUAUUGUGGCAUUUACAGCAUCUACAGAACUGAGGAUUCUGCUGGAGGAGCUGUCAAUGGAGCCCUCCCCUCCUCGUCAGUGGGUAGGCAGUGAGGCCUGGGUAACCAACCAAGACAUGCUGAGGUUCAGCUUCUGUGCUGGAGCCAUUGGAUUUGGGAUUCAGCGAUCUGUCAUUCCAGGUGUUCUCACUCAUCUGAAGAAAGUAAAUUUUUCCCAAAAUGGUUAUGACGUGUCAUUUGAUGCCAAUGGGGAUCCUGUGGCCACAUAUGAGCUGGUAAACUGGCAAAAGAGUGAAAGUGGCAGCCCUGAGAUGGUGACAGUAGGUUUCUAUGAUGCAUCACUGUCGGCAGGCCAGGAGUUCAGUAUCAACAGGGACCUCAUCUGGGUGGAGGGCAGCACACAAGUCCCUGUGUCAGUGUGCAGUGACAGCUGUCGUCCAGGAACCCGUAAAGUGCUGCAGAAAGGAAAACCCAUCUGCUGUUAUGAUUGUAUACUGUGUCCUGAGGGAGAGAUUAGCAAUGCUACAGAUUCUCCCGAUUGUUUCCCUUGCCCCAAAGAGUUCUGGCCUAACGAAGAGAGAGACACUUGUCUCCCCAAGUCUGUAGAGUUUCUUUCCUUUGACGAGGUCCUCGGAAUCAUCCUGGCUGCAUUCUCAGUUGCUGGUGCCUGUCUUGCCAUUAUAACAGCGGCUGUGUUCUUUCAUCACAGGACAUCCCCUAUUGUCAGGGCCAACAACUCUGAGCUGAGCUUCCUGCUGCUCUUCUCCCUGACUCUCUGUUUCUUAUGUUCAUUGACAUUCAUUGGAGCACCCACUGAGUGGUCCUGCAUGCUGCGCCACACAGCAUUUGGGAUCACCUUCGUCCUCUGCAUCUCUUGUGUUCUUGGGAAAACAAUAGUUGUGUUGAUGGCCUUCAAAGCUACACUCCCAGGUAGUAACGUCAUGAAAUGGUUUGGUCCUCCACAGCAAAGAAUGACUGUGGUGUCUUUUACAUUUGUUCAAGUUUUAAUAUGUACCAUUUGGUUGGUCCUUAGUCCCCCUUUUCCAAUGAAUAAUCUAACCACAUACAAAGAGAGGAUCAUCCUGGAGUGUGCAUUGGGCUCAGAUAUUGGGUUCUGGGCUGUGCUCGGGUACAUCGGCCUGCUGGCUGCCUUUUGCUUAGUGUUAGCUGUCUUAGCACGGAAACUACCUGAUAAUUUUAAUGAAGCCAAGCUUAUCACCUUCAGCAUGUUGAUAUUCUGUGCAGUGUGGAUCACCUUUAUCCCAGCGUAUGUCAGCUCUCCUGGGAAAUUUACUGUGGCUGUGGAGAUAUUUGCCAUCCUGGCCUCCAGUUUUGGAUUGAUUCUGUGUAUAUUUGCUCCAAAGUGUUUCAUCAUAUUGUUUAGACCAGAGAAAAACACAAAGAAACAUUUAAUGAACAAAAAUUAA